AUGAAUACAGAAAAAAUCAGGAAGUUACAGCUGAAUGCAGCUCAAGUGCGAACAGGUGGUAAGGGCACUGCACGCAGGAAGAAGAAGGUUGUCCACAAGACCGCAGCUACUGAUGAUAAAAAGUUGCAGAGCAAUCUCAAGAAACUUUCAGUCACAAACAUUCCUGGAAUUGAAGAGGUGAAUAUGAUAAAGGACGAUGGAGCGGUGAUACAUUUUAAUAAUCCAAAAGUGCAAGCAUCUGUUCCAGCAAACACAUUCUCGGUAACAGGAAGUGCAGAAAAUAAACAAAUUACUGAAAUGUUGCCUGGUAUUCUCAAUCAGUUGGGAGCAGAAUCACUAACUCAUUUGAAAAAGUUAGCAAACAAUGUUACUAGUCAAUUCAAAUCAAAUGGUGACGACGAUGUUCCAGAUCUUGUUGGUGAUUUCGAUGAGGCAUCAAAAAAUGAAUCUAAAGUUGGUGAUUGCAAGCAUGAGCAUGGACACGAACACGGACAAAAUUUUCAUCACGAAGGUGGAGAAAUGGAGGCUAAAUUGGCUGCUUGA